AUGAGUACCAAUAGGGCUGGCAACUCAGGGCGACGGCCGAGAAGACGAAGUCAAGAAAAUCGAAGGAGAACCCGAUCAUCGUACGAUUCCAGUGGCACGUCAAGCACGGAUAGCUCUGUCGAACGAGCUAAUUGGCGCCAUAACAAGAUACGCAAGAAGGAUGCGGGUAUGUCUAUUUUAAAUCAGUUAUGUAACCAAGUCCAAGUUUUAACCGAUUUUAUGAAUAAUAUGUCACAACAAACCGUACAACCGGAAGUUAAUCAUCCGGAAGCCAAUUUUAUCGAAAGAAGUGAAUCAAAUGACCCAGAUUUACUUGAAAAUAAUGAUGACUUUGUUUUUCAAUCCUUGCAUACUACUUUAAAAGACACAGGGAUUGGAAAGACUAAUGACGAACAUUUUAAUAUUAUUAAUAAUUUGCAACGUUUUGGUUCAAAUGAUUGGUUUAAUAUUAAUUUUAUUGAAACACAAAAAAAUUACAUAUCGAAACCUGGUUUUAUAGAACUAGAAACUAAUGACGACGUAAAGCCAUUUGAUAAAAAUAAGUUUCUACCCUCGUGUGAACGCACAUUAUCCGCGUUAUCAAAUGCGAUUUUAAUACAAAGGAACAUGUUACAAAACAAUAUAACUAAAUUAAUAUCAUGGGUUCAUGAUUUGGAAUCUGUAUCGUAUGAAGAUUUUAGUAAUAAAAUUAAAGAAAUCUUUUGUGAUGACAAGGAGUUUAAUAAAAUUUCUAAUGAUAUAAUGCAGAUAGUAUGUGGAAAACGAGCAUCUAUUAUAGGUAACCGUAGAAAUGAACUGUUAAAAUCGGUGCAUAACAAUUUUACGGUCGAUAAGUUGAAAAAAAUACCACCCUCGUCUGAAUUCUUAUUUGAACCGGAACAAUUCGAUAAAUUAAUUGAAAAAGAAGGAGGAGCGUCAAAAGUAUUUGCUAAAUCACAGCCUGCUAAGAAAAAUUAUGUAGCUUCUUCUAAACUACCGACUUUUAAACCUCAAGUAAAAAAUCAGUUACAAUCAUUUCGUUCACUAAAUAGUAAUAUAGGUUCAAGUUCAACCAAAUUUCAAGAUUGCUUAUUUCGAGAAAAACGAAGUGCACAAUCUAAAAAGUCAUAUUCUGGUCGGAGUCAUGGCAGUACAAGUAAAAAGCGUCGUGAA